CUAUUCGACAGCAGUGCAUAGUAUCAUCAACUUGCUCAACAACAUAUACACACAUUAUAGACAACCUAGGUACCUAGUUCGCGUAUAAUACAUACCUACACAUCCACGCCACACCACACCACACCACACCACCAUGACCCCCCAACUCACCGAAGUAGACACCCUAACCAUCCACGUCAUCGUCAACGACGAAAUCGACCAAAUCUCGCCGUCGCCGCACCCAGCCAUAAAACACGCGCAAUCCUUCCUCGGCGCUCCCCUGACGCCCCUCGCAGCCGGCGCGCAGCCCGGUGGCGCAAAGCAGCAGCUGCGCAUGGACAAGCUGUGCUGCGGCGCCCACGGCCUCUCGCUCCUGAUCACGGCGACCAGAGGCGCGAAAACGCAUACGCUGCUCUUCGACGCGGGGCCGGAGGAGGCGGUCUGGGAGCGCAACGUGGCGAGGUUGGGUUUGGAUCCGGGGCAGAUCGAGAGGAUUGUGCUGUCGCAUUGGCAUCGCGAUCAUUCGGGGGGUAUGCUGAGCGCGGUUAGGAUGAUUGAGGGGGCUAAGGCUAAGGCGGGGAAAGGGAAGGGGAAGGUGAUCGUGGAUCUACAUCCCGAACGCCCCAUCCUUAGGGGGAUCAAGGUCCGGGAGGUCGUUUCGCUGGAGCCUGAUCCGGAGUUCGCUGAGAUCGAGGGCGCGGGCGCGGAGGUGUUUAGGAGUAGUGAGACGCAUACCAUGCUCGACGAUAUGUUCCUCGUCUCUGGGGAGAUUCCGAGGCGCACGGCGUACGAGGGUGGGAUUAGGGGGGGAGUGAGGUUCAAUGCGCGGGGAGAGUGGGAGACGGAUGAGUUGAUUAUGGAUGAGAGGCUCGUGAUGUGCAAUUUGAAGGGUAGGGGGCUUGUCGUGUUUACGGGUUGCAGCCAUGCCGGCGUGGUCAAUGUUUCGCGGCACGCGAUGGAAUUAGGGGGUGGCGUUCCCUUGUACACUGUUGUGGGCGGGUACCAUUUGGCGGACGGCACGCCGGAGAAGCUGCAGAAGUCGUUAGAGGAUUUGAAGGCGCUUGAACCCAAGGUGCUGAUGCCGGGACAUUGCACAGGGUGGAGGUUUAAGGUCGCUAUUGAGAAAGCGAUGCCUGGGUGCAUGGCCCCUAUUUUUGGAGGCACGAAGUAUGAACUUAUCUAGAUAUACCUACUUAAGCUUUAAAAAGAUAAUACCCCUUUCCAUUCCAAGUUCGUCGAUUAGGUUAUGGUUUAAUGCUUAUUUGCGGUAAAACUUAUAGAAGUCACUCUCUCCAUUAGUAAGU